AAACACUGUUUCAAAGUACUAGUUGCUGCUAACAUAUACAACCCUGAUUACAAUUUAGCCAUCAACUGUGGCUCCUCAAAAAACACUCCUGCCUUAGAUAAUCGAACUUGGGUUGGCGAUAAAACCAAUCUCUUUACUGUCAUUGAUAUUUUGACCAAAGAGAUAUUUUGACCAUUUCAAGGUCGAUUUCAUGACUAGUCUCUAGUACUGUUUCAUAGAAUUUUCUCUCCUUCUCAUUAUACCAUCCCAUUCUUCACUCCUUCUCACACAACUCACAACUAUGGCAAACUCGUUAAUGAACAACAAAUUGCACACUAAAAUCACCCUACUAUCUCUCAUUUUACUAUUGUACCCUCUAGUUACUAACUCAUACAACCCUGAUUACAAUUUAGCCAUUAAUUGUGGCUCCUCAAAAAACGCUACUGCAUCUGAUAAUCGCACUUGGGUUGGUGAUAACUUCGAUCCCAUUACUUAUAUUGACCAAAAGCCCAUAUACAAUCCCCUUAACAUUACCAAAGUUCCAUACACAACCGCACGUUUCUUUUUCUCAAAUUUCACAUACUCUAUUCCUAUCAACAUUACUAAUAAUUCCACUGUUUUUCUUCGCCUUCAUUUUUACCCAACUUCAUACCAAAACUUUGAUCCCUCCAAUGCAAUUUUCUCUGUCAAAGUAAACAACAACCUUACCCUUCUUAAAAACUUCAACGCUUCACUUUGGCUUCAUCAUGAUGAUAAUGGGGAAACAAUCAUCAAAGAAUAUUGCAUUCAAAUCAAACCAAAUGAGAAUCUGCUAAACAUAACUUUCAUUCCCUACAGCAUAGACGAAUCCAAUCGUUAUUAUGCUUUCAUUAACGGAAUUGAAAUUGUGUCUAUGCCUUCUUUUCUCUAUUACUCAGACCUUGAUGACUUGAAUUAUAAUAUAAGAUCAGUUGACACAGGCACCACAGAUUACAAAAUUCAAAAAGAUAAAGCUUUGGAGAUGGUUUAUAGAGUCAAUGUUGGUGAUAUUCAAGUUCCACCAAGCAAUGAUACAGGUAUGUUUCGUAAUUGGGAUAAUGAUUAUCCUCUUUAUUUGGAGAAACAAUAUCCAUAUAGUGUACAAAAUGAUUAUGGAGAUCAGCUAAACUAUUUAGAAAAUACCAUUCCAAAUUACACUGCACCAGAACUUGUAUACUUAACUGCAAGAACUUAUGGAUUGGAUGCGAAAGAUAAUUAUAAUGUAACUUGGAAUUUUGAAGUUGAUUCUUCUUUUACCUAUAUGGUAAGGUUAUAUUUUUGUGAGUUUGAGCAAGAAAUAAAGCAAGUGGGUGAUAGAGUCUUUCAGAUUUUCAUAGACAACACUUUGGCUGAGGAAUACGCUGAUGUGAUUAUGUGGAGUGGUGCUCGUUUGGUUCCUGUUCACAAGGAUUAUGUUGUGACUAUGUACUCUCAGGAAGGUAGCUCUAAAAUUGAAAGAGUCAAUCUUUCAAUCAAGCUACAACUAUUACCAGCAAAUAUCAACAACAAAAGAUAUUUUCGUGAUGUCCUAUUGAAUGGAAUCGAGAUUCUAAAAAUAAGUGGCAAAAAUAAAAAUCUCGCAGGACCAAACCCAAAAUCCAUUGCUCUACCUCUCCCGCAUCAAGUAGUUUCAACCCAAUCCAUAAAAAAAAAUAAGAUCACCAUAGCUAUCUUAGUUGUGAUUCCAUUUUUAGGCCUCGUGCUAGUAAUUGUUGUCGGUAAAACAGUUUCUUGGCUGUGGAGAAGGUUUCACGGUGAAAGGGAAGAUAACUCUAAGACGAAAAAUGAAGGGUCGUUAUCUUUGCCACCACAUUUAUGCCGCUACUUUACAAUUACAGAGAUCAGAGCAGCAACGAACAACUUCGAUGAUGUUUUCAUCAUUGGUGUUGGAGGGUUUGGCAACGUAUACAAAGGUUGCAUCGAUGGAUCCACACCCGUUGCGAUAAAACGCCUCAAAUCAGGCUCUCAACAAGGAGCCAACGAGUUCAUGAACGAGAUUGAGUUGCUCUCUCAACUUCGCCACGUUCACUUGGUAUCCCUCGUCGGUUAUUGCAACGACGACACAGAGAUGAUUCUUGUUUAUGAGUUCAUGCAACACGGUACUCUCUGUGAGUAUCUCUAUGGUUCCAAUAACCAUCCCUUACCAUGGAAGCAAAGGCUUGAGAUUCUAUUGGGUGCAGCGAAAGGGCUACAUUAUCUUCAUGCAGAAGUGAAACACAAAAUAAUACAUCGUGACGUGAAGAGCACCAACAUAUUGUUGGAUGAGAAAUGGGUGGCUAAGGUUUCCGACUUCGGAUUAUCCAAAGUGGGACCCACGGGGAUAUCGACAACCCAUGUCAGCACAAUGGUGAAGGGGAGCCUUGGGUAUUUAGAUCCCGAGUACUAUAUGUUCCAAAGGCUUACAUUGAAAUCUGAUGUGUACUCCUUCGGUGUUGUUCUUCUUGAGGUAUUGUGUGCUAGGCCACCUUUGGUUCGCGAUUUGGAUAAGAAGACAGCUAGUCUAGUUUGUUGGUUUCAAAAAUGCUAUGACGAAGGUGUUGCGAUUGAACAAAUAGUUGAUCCAUUCCUUAGGGAUUCUAUCACAGGUGAGUGUUUGAAAUGUUAUUGCAAGUUGGCUUUGAGUUGUUUGCAUGACGAUGGGACUCAACGUCCCACAAUGAGUCAAGUGGUUGGGGAUUUAGAGUUUGCGUUGCAAUUGGUGGUGAGCGAAGAAGGUAGCCAAUUUGGUAAGGCCGAAAAAGAGGGAAGAUAUAUGAAAGGACCACAAUUCUCGCAGUUUAUGAGUGAUGAAGAAAGUGAUUUGCAUUUCGUAAGAUCCCACACCUACAAGGAGAGUACACUCUCAGCAUGGCCAAGUAGUCAAGAACAUCCUUUCUCGGAGAUUCCGAAUCCAAGACCACGAUCAUAUUCAUGUCAAAACCUCAAAGUUUAUAUUUAGCAAUUAUUAUGAAAACCCGUGUUUUUAUAAGUAUAGUGUAAACGAUAUAAUAUCAAUACGAAACUAUUUCAGCACCGCAUGAAAGGCAUUGUUUGAUCAUAUCUUGAAUUCUCAUGUAAGUUAGGCCUGUAAGUCAUAUCUAUUUUUUUUUCCAAAAUAUGGUAUGAGAGACUUUUUCAAACUAUAAACUAGUUAACAGCUAUAUAGCUAUGGCUUAGUGACAAAAUAGUCAAUUUGUAGUUUUUGGCAGAUUGUGUGGUGACACCAUUUUUUAAUUUAUCGUAGUGGAAUUAUUUUAUCAUCAAAGACUUGGUGAAGUCUUCACAAGUCUUCGUCUACCCAAUUCACGAUAUGGUAUAUGUGGAUCGAAAAUUACCAGUUUU